AUGUACAUUUACGUUAGUAUUUUAAAUCUGUUGACAGUUUGGGUAAUGAUGGCUCAGCUCCAGCAAGGAGGCCCAGAUGAAAAAGAGAAGACUACUGCAUUAAAGGAUUUAUUGUCUAGAAUAGACUUGGAUGAACUAAUGAAAAAAGAUGAGCCACCACUUGAAUUUCCUGAUACUCUGGAAGGAUUUGAGUACAUUUUUAAUGAAAAAGGGCAGUUAAGACACAUAAAAACCGGGGAGCCAUUUGUUUUUAAUUAUCGUGAAGAUUUGCAUAGAUGGAACCAAAAGCGCUAUGAAGCUCUUGGAGAGAUCAUUACUAAGUACGUUUAUGAACUACUGCAAAAGGAAUGCCACUUGAAGAAAGUAACUCUCCCAGUUGAUGCAACUGAGAGUGAACCAAAGAGCUUUAUCUUUAUGAGUGAAGAUGCAUUAACAAAUCCUGACAAGCUGUUGGUCCUAAUUCAUGGUAAUGGCGUUGUCAGAGCAGGUCAGUGGGCUAGGAGACUUAUAAUUAACGAAGAUCUGGACAGUGGCACACAGAUACCAUAUAUAAAGAGAGCUAUUGAGGAAGGCUACGGAGUAAUAGUACUGAAUCCCAAUGAGAACUAUAUUGAAGUGGAGAAGACAAAAGCCCAAGUACAGCUGUCUUCUGAUAGCUCAGAUGAACCUGCAGAAAAGAGGGAAAGAAAAGAUAAAAUCCAGAAGGAAACAAAGAAGCGACGUGACUUCUACGAAAAGUAUCGAAAUCCACAAAAAGAAAAAGAAACUAUGCAGAUGUAUAUUAGAGAUAAUGGAUCUCCUGAAGAACAUGCAAUUUAUGUUUGGGACCAUUUUAUUUCCCAGUCAGCUGCAGAGAACGUGUUUUUUGUUGCUCACAGUUAUGGUGGACUUGCCUUUGUAGAGUUGAUGAUUCAACGAGAGGCAGAAGUAAAGAAUAAGGUAACUGCUGUGGCGUUAACAGACUCUGUUCACAAUGUGUGGCAUCAAGAAGUUGGGAAAACUAUUCGAGAGUGGAUGCGAGAGAACUGCUGCAACUGGGUGUCCAGCUCUGAGCCCCUGGACACUUCAGUGGAGUCCAUGCUGCCGGAUUGUCCCCGUGUCUCUGCAGGUACGGAGCGCCAUGAACUAACUUCCUGGAAGAGUUUUCCAUCUAUUUUCAAGUUCUUCAGCGAGGCAUUAGAGGCAAAGAACAGCUCAGUGAAACCAACCCCAACGCGGCGCUCCAACAGGAUAAAAUACGAAGAAUUGUAAAAGGAGGGGGGAAAAGAAAAAAACACCAACAACCUCUUCACUGCUUGUUUUCUGCAAGCAGUCUCCCAGCCCCUCAUUAGAUUGUUUUCUUCCUAGAGCACAGGGUCGUGAUGUAUACAUCUAAAUAGCGUUUUGCAUUAUUUCUAGAUGAGUGCAACUGUCAAAGCAAUAUGGGUUCACUGGUUGUGCUUCCUGUGGGCUGUAAGUUGGAUUUCGUGCUGCCCAUCAGCGCGCAGAUUAAGGCUGACAGUGGUACUGCACAGUGCAGCAUGGUGCAGCUCUAAUUGCCCUGACAUAGCCCUUCCGUGAUUUUACACCCUUCUCUUUCUCUGGGACCAAGUGGGAUCGACUCUUGACUCUUUCAUUUUCUGCUGGUAGGAGGGUCCAAGAAGUUUGGGCCAGAUUUAUAGGAAAGCCCCUUUGUUGUAGAGAUUUUCUCCUACUGCCGGAUCAAUGGCAUUAUCUGUAGAUCUUCUCUUCCUUUUGAAAGCUCCACUUUAAAAAAUGCCUGUUCAUUAACUGGCUGGAUCACACUGUGAAAUAUGACAGAAAGAAAAAAAAAAAAAAGAGACACACUGCACAUUUUCCUGUUUAUUUUUAAACGCAAA